GUAGUGCUGACUAUUUCAGACCACUUGGUCAUGUGAUUUGCUGCAGUGUGAUCAGCUUUUGGUCUUAUUGUGAAGGAUUAGCAGCUACAAGCAAUGUCAUCCUCAUCACAGAAAGAAAUCAGGACUCUGAAGGAUUUUUUGGAUGAAACCGAAAUUAACUUACUUGAAUGCAAGGUUUGUUUUGAAAAAUACAGUCAUCAGCAAAGAACUAGGCCUAGGAAUCUUCCUUGUGGCCACAUCAUGUGUCAGGAUUGUGUUUCUUCCCUCUGCAACCCUGGAAACUCAAAGCUAGAAUGUCCUUUCUGCCGCAAAGGUUGCAGGAAGUCUGAGACAAGUGUUUGCCUUCCUGUCCUACACCUCUUGGAGAUCAUAGGGCGCAUGGUUCCUGAUCCCCCAGAAAGGCGACUCACAGAUUGGAAAAGUAAUCAAGUAGCAAAACUGAAUUCUGCAAGAUUUAAACUAAGUGCAUCUUUUGGUGGUUGGGGGUUGCUUUUCAACCCUACCGGUAUCGCUUUUUGUUCCAACACCGGCUGUUUGCUUGUGGCACACGAUGGUAAAAAAAGGCUUUCAAGAUUCACAAAAAAUGGAAAAUUAGUUCAGGAAAUUGGAGAGAAAGACAGUUCUGAAAAUGGCCUAGUGUAUGCAGUCAGUGUGGCAGUCACAUUGGAUGGAUUUGUUGCCGUGACCGAUGCAGGUGAUCGUUCACUAAAGGUGUACAGUCAAGCUGGAAAAUGUACUUUGAUUGUUAAAAAGCCUUUCCUCUUGCCUUGGGGCGUAGCCAUAAAUGCUGAAAAUGAAGUCAUCAUUUCUGACCCUAUUGCCGGCAGUCUUAUUUUGGUAGCUGCCGACUUCGGCCAAGGUGGCAUUAAGAAGACUCUUAACAUAUGUUCUUAUUUGAGCCAGCCCAAGGAAAUUGCUGUCUGCCAAGCAAAUGGAUCAGUUAUUGUGGUUGAACACUUGACAAAAGACAACAAAAAUUCUUCCAGUACUCGAAUUAAGAUUUUAAAUAAUAAGAUGAAGCUCUUAAAGCAAAUUGAUAGUUUUAGUUUAAGCCUUUUUCUGCCCUUAGAUGUGCACACAUCUGGAGUGGCCUUCGAUCAAGAAGGAAAUAUUUUAGUAGCAGAUGUAAAUAACAGAUGUAUCAUUUGCCUGAGCAAGGUGGAGGAAGGAAACGUCUUUAAGCAUAUUGUUGCCAGUGGCCUUUCAUACCCAGUAGCAAUUGCAGUGAUAGAGGAUGGCUCCAUUGCUGUUCUAGAUAGCGGCAAUCACUCAGUACUAGUUUAUUCUCCAUAACUUAGGUCUGGAUAUUCCUAGGACAGUUGUUUUUAUUGCGCUGAAAAUAAAUAUAAUAAUGCUGCUUGUUGACAACAGAAUAUAGUGUGACACAUAGGAUACAUAUAUGGCCAAAAGUUUGUAGAUAUAUGAACAUCACACCUACCUAUAUGGUUAAAAGUACGUUGACACCCAUACUUGGUACUGUUAAUGGUACAGUAGUCAGCUUCUUUCUUUCAUUUUCAAAGCUUAACUGAACAAGCUGCUCCAGAUUCCGUCUGCUUAAUUUUCCAUGAAUUGCUCCCUAAAUAUUUUAGACAAUGGUGCACUUCCAAAUUUGUGGCAACAGUUUAGGAAAGACCCUUUUCUGUUCCAACCUGGCUAUGUCCCUGUGCCAUGGUUCAUAAAGACAUGGUUUGAUGAGUUUCAUGUGUAACUCAAGUGGCCUGCACAAAACUAUGACCUCAUCCCUAUUUGAACACCUUUCAGAUGAUUUGUAACACUAACUUCAAGAAAGGUCUUGUGAUACAACAUAAGUACCUAACCUCUCAAAUGCUCUCAUUUCUGAAUGGGCAAAAAUUGCCUCCGAAAUCUUGUAGACAGCCUUUCCAGAAUAGGGGAGACUGUUAGGACGCGUACACACG